AUGUCCUUUGCCCCAUUGGACAAUGCGUCGUGGCGGAGUCUGAUCGCUUUCUGGACAUUCGGGCUAUGCAACACGAUCCCUUAUAUAUUGAUGCUUUCUGCAGCAGAGGAUAUCAUCGAUAAGGACCAUAUUCAUCAUGGGCAUAUCAAUGGCACUUGUCCGGUAGAACGCGGCACUCAACAUUGCCAGGGUACCAAAUCGACUGGUCACGUUUUGUUAGCUGAUAUUCUCCCUAGUUUAUUCAUCAAGAUUUUCGUCAUGUUUUUCUUGCAAGCAGUACCUUACUGGAUCCGUCAUACUCUCGUUAUAAUCUCUCAAAUGGGCGCUCUAUUGAUCGUGGCCACCGCCAAAAGCUAUUCCAUGGCAAUACUCGGCGUUUCCCUAAUCUCAGCCGCCGGGGGGUUGGGCGAAUCAUCGAUGGUAUCCUAUUCUUCUCAUUUUGCUGCCUCGACUACGAUAGCAUGGGCAUCGGGCACUGGGGCUGCUGGCAUGAUUGGCUCUAUCCUCUACGCCGGGAUGACCGAACCACACUUGGGAAAUCUGACAGCAGAAACUGCAUUGAUGUUAAUGUUGUUCUUCCCGAUUGCGUACACCACCGUAUUCUAUCUGGUACUCGAUCAUUCCUCCAGUCUAUGCUUAUUAUGUCGAAAAGGAAAGGAAUCCUCCGCUCCUGGAGACCCGGAAAAAUCAGAAAAAGACGUUGAAAAAUCGCUGGAAUUGGUGAAGGGAAAUUGGAUGGAAAAAGCUGUGCUAAUCAAGUCACUUCUUCGCUUCGCCAUCCCCCUAAUCCUGGUCUACAUGGCCGAAUACACGAUUAAUCAAGGAUUCACCCAAUUGAUCGUUUUUGAUUGUGCGAAUGGAAUGGGGCUGACGGCCAAGAGCCAAUAUCGAUGGUUUCAGGUGGUCUACCGUGCCGGGACCUUCAUCUCCAAAUCCUCACUUUCCAUCAUCGAUUUCCCCGUCUGGGUCCUCUACUUAUUACCCGUACUUCAGGUCGGAAAUGCGAUCUUCUUCUACCUGGAAGCCCUGUUCGCCUUCCUGCCCCAUAUCGCCGUCGCAUUCUCCCUAAUUUGCAUGGAGGGAUUGAUGGGUGGAUCGAGUCUUGUCAAGACGUUCAGCCAUAUACAUAAAAACGCCAAAAAAGAAGACAAAGAGUUUUCACUAGCUGUGAUGACGACGUCAGACUCGAUUGGAAUCGUGGGAGCCUCAUUUUUGGCGAUAUGGCUGCACAACCUGAUUUGCCAGCAGCUUGAAUGGCGGGUGAUG